UCGACUACUAGGUCCAGGGAGUGAUAAAAUUGAUGACAUUAGCCAAACAAAUAAAUGCUCAUAUCUCUCUCAAGAUCGUGCUCCGUACGUACUGCAGAAUGCCAUGGAAAUACUCCCCAACUCUCAACUCUCAACAUGCAUUAGCCCUCGUAUAGGGGGGCUUGACGACUCAAUCCUAGACCAAGCCGCGUCUCACAGUAACGUGAGAAUGCUCAAUGACAAUUCGAAGACGGGAACUGCAAACGUCGACUGGACCUCAUUCUAACACCCACGUCUACCCCCCCGAAGCAACGGGCAUUCCAUUGGCAUCAUUGAGCAAGUUCAUACCCGAAUGAGAAUCACGGGACACUCCCUAGUGAUAUCUAGUGGUGAGUAUGAGAGGCUAUUCACUCUUUCUUGGUGUGGCUCUGCCGAAAAGAUGGGUCGUCUAGUUCUUUUCCAGGUGAGAGAUGCUAGAGUUAGGAGUCAGCUGGUACGGUCCAGGUAUUUUUGCGAUGGAGGGAUUUUGUCGUCAGUACCCGGGCAGAUUUUAAUUCUACAAAUAUUACAAUAGAUGCAGUUUCUCUCCUCCGUCUGGUGACCCCUGCCCAGCUUGUCGAAUGCAUGCAAGUCUCUAAUCCUUUCUAAUAAAUAC